GUCGGACUUCGUUACGGUCGUGUUGUGGCUAUCGUUCUUUGGUUUGAGCGUAGGCUGGUAUGGAGAACCAGCAGGUGUGGGUGCGAGACCCUCAAGAGGGUUUCAUAAUCGCCAAGUUCACGGACAUGGUUGACGGAGAUGCGUUGAUCAUGCCACUGGAUCCAAAAUAUCCACAACGUACCUGUCCUUUGGAUGAAGUUUAUCCUGCUGGGGAAUACACCAAAGAUGUUGAAGACAAUUGUGCUCUGAUGUACCUGAACGAGGCUACACUGCUGAACAACGUACGAGCUCGUUACUUCAAGGAUAGAAUAUACACUUACGUGGCCAAUAUUUUAAUUGCUGUAAAUCCUUAUUGUGAGGUCAGGGAUCUUUAUUCUACUGAUACGAUUAAAGCUUAUAAAGGAAAGUCUUUGGGAGAGACACCUCCUCAUGUUUUUGCUAUUGCCGACAAAGCAUUCAGAGAUAUGAAAGUAUUGAAGCAAUCACAAAGUAUCAUUGUUUCUGGCGAAUCAGGAGCAGGCAAGACUGAAUCAACCAAGUACCUUCUUCGAUAUCUCUGUGACUUAUGGGGAUCGACGGCUGGGCCGAUCGAACAGAAGAUUUUAGAUGCAAAUCCUGUGUUGGAAGCGUUUGGAAAUGCAAAAACCAAACGAAACAAUAAUAGUUCUCGUUUUGGUAAAUUCAUGGAAGUCCAUUUCGACUCAAAGUGUCAAGUAGUCGGGGGUUACAUUUCUCAUUAUCUUUUGGAAAAGUCAAGAGUGUGUCUUCAAAGCCCUGAUGAAAGAAACUAUCAUGUUUUCUACAUGAUGUGCGCUGGAGCUCCUCCUGAAUUGCGUGCGAAACUUGGGAUUACGAAGCCGGAUGACUUCCACUAUUUAAAGAAUGGCUGUACACAGUAUUUUUGCAACGCAGAGUCGGAAAAAAAGUUGAACGAGGCCCAAAAGAGUCAUGAUCAAAGUAUGAAAGGUAGUUUGCACGAUCCAAUCUUGGAUGACGUUGAAGGAUUCAAUGCUAUCGAUCAAGAAAAAGCAACGGCUUUGACACGACUUGGACUGACUGAAGCAGAAAGAAUGGAAAUUUAUACAAUGGUAGCUGCGGUACUUCAUCUUGGAAACAUCAUGUUCGAGGAUAAUCCUGAGGAUACGAAGGGGGGCUCCAGGAUAUGCAUCAGUUCUGAAAAAGCAGUAUUAAUGACUGCAAAAUUAUUAGGUGUUGAUCCUGAAGAACUUCGACAAGCUUUAGUUUCAAAAGUGAUGCAGACUAGUCGUGGUGGUAUCAAGGGAACGGUCAUUAUGGUACCAUUGAAAGUUUACGAAGCCAAUAAUGCCAGGGACGCUUUAGCUAAAGCCAUUUACAGUAAAUUAUUCGAUCAUAUUGUGGCUCGUAUUAAUAAAAGUAUCCCUUUUAAGGCUUCGAGUUAUUAUAUUGGUGUUUUGGAUAUUGCAGGAUUUGAGUAUUUUAAGGUUAAUAGCUUCGAGCAAUUCUGUAUAAAUUAUUGCAAUGAAAAGUUGCAACAAUUUUUUAAUGAAAGGAUUUUGAAGUAUGAACAAGACCUUUAUGCAAGAGAAUCCCUUAAUGUACCUAAAAUAUCUUAUGUGGAUAAUCAAGAUUGUAUUGAUUUAAUUGAAUCAAAAAACAUGGGAGUUUUCAGCCUUUUAGAUGAGGAAUCAAAAUUACCUACUCAUAGUUUUGCACAUUUUACUAGUGAAGUUCAUCGAGUGUGGAAUGGUCACUUCAGAAUAACUUUACCACGAACUUCUCGUUUGAAGGCUCAUAGAGAGUUGCGUGAUGACGAAGGAUUUGUAAUACGUCAUUAUGCUGGCGGUGUUUGUUAUCAAACGAACCAAUUCAUAGAGAAAAACAACGAUGCGUUACAUGCUUCUUUGGAAGCACUAAUACAAGAAAGUAAUAAUAACUUUCUUAGAACACAAUUUGCAAAUAAUUCUCGUCAGAAGGGAAAACUCACUUUUAUCAGUGUUGGUAGUAAAUUCAAAACACAACUUGGAGAACUGAUGGAUAAAUUGAAAAGCAAUGGAACAAAUUUUAUUCGUUGUAUAAAGCCGAAUAACGAGAUGGUAGCACAUCAGUUUGAUGGAAAUAGUAUUUUAGGACAACUUCGUUGUUCCGGAAUGACAUCCGUCUUAGAACUCAUGGAACACGGUUAUCCUAGUAGAGUUCCAUUUCAAGAAUUGUACAAUAUGUAUAAAUCUUAUCUUCCGCCAGAAUUGGCCAAAUUAGAACCUAGAUUUUUUUGCGAAGCGUUGCUCCAUAGUUUAAAAUUAAAUAAGAAAGAUUUCAAAUUUGGAAUUACUAGAGUGUUCUUCAAGCCUGGGAAAUUUGCUGAAUUUGAUAAAAUCAUGAAAUCAGAUCCUGAGAAUUUAAGAAAAUUGGUAGCUAACGUAAAGAAAUGGUUGCUUAAAUCUCGAUGGAACAAGAUGCAGUUCUGUGCGUUAUCUGUGAUUAAAUUAAAAAACAAAAUCAUUUAUCGAAGACAUCAUUUAAUCAUUUUACAAAAAACAGCAAGAAUGUACAUAGCUGAAAAGCAACAUCGUCCUCGCAUAAAGGGAAUCUUGAUGAUCAAGAACUUAAGGACGCAGUUAGUUGGCAUGAAAGAAACAUCCAGACAAUUGAAAAACCGUGAGAAACCUAUGAAUGAUAUAAAAAGACUACAAGAUGAUUUGGAGACGGCAAUUAAAAGGAUCAAGGACAAUGAGAAAAUAAAAUCGGGAGAAAUCGAUUCUCUAUACACAAAUUUAGUGAACCAGAUGAAUAGACAAAUGGCGUCUUUGCAAGAUAUGGUUAGGCAGCAAAAGAUUGCCGAGGAACAAGCAAAACUUCGAAAGAUUCAACAAGAAUUAGAACUUGAAAAGCAAAGGAAAGAAGAAGAAGAGCGAAAAAAGCGUGAGGAGGAAGAAAAUAGAAGGAAAAAACAUGAUAUCGAAAUAAGAAGGAAGGUUGAAGAAGAACAAAAGAAAAAACAAGAAGAAGAAGAUAAAAGAACUGCUGCAGUUCUUCAAGCGCAAUUGGAGAAAGAAGCAAUGGAAGAAAACAAAUACCGCGAAUUAUUGGAGCAAGAAAGGAGGGAUCAUGAAUUAGCUGUCAGAUUAGCUCAAGAAUCAAACGGACAAGUCGAAGAUUCUCCACCACCUGUACGAAGCGGUUCCGAUGUACGAGUACCAUCGAACAACAACAGGCUAGUAAGAUCGGAGCAAGUGCGCAAUAACCAGGCAGCAAUGGCCAAUAAAAAGUAUGACUUAUCUAAGUGGAAGUAUUCGGAAUUACGAGAUGCUAUAAAUACAUCUUGUGAUAUUGAGCUGUUAGAGGCUUGUCGCCACGAAUUCCAUCGUAGAUUAAAAGUUUAUCAUGCAUGGAAAGCAAGAAAUCGUAGGCGAACAACCAUGGACGAAAAUGAAAGGGCACCAAAAUCUAUUAUGGAAGCUGCUGCCAAAACACCAAGGUCUCAAAUGAAACAAUCCAUAGUUGAGUCCUCGCAACGAUAUUUCAGAAUUCCCUUUGUACGACCAGUUGCAACCGGUCAACAAGACAAUUCACAUGCAACUUGUAAACGAGGAUGGUGGUACGCUCAUUUCGAUGGUCAGUAUGUCGCUAGACAAAUGGAACUUCAUCCUGAUAAGGCACCAAUUCUGUUAAUAGCAGGUAUUGAUGACAUGCAGAUGUGCGAAUUGAGCUUAGACGAGACUGGGUUGACCAGGAAACGUGGAGCCGAGGUGUUGGAACAUGAAUUCAAUCGUGAGUGGGAAAAACAUGGAGGCAAACCGUACGUGCCUCCAUGUGAUCGUAAAAAAUGAAAUUAUAUCGAACAGGCGAAAAUAAUAUAGACCUUGUCGAUUUUUUUUAUUGAUCCACUUCGAAAGUGAAUCUACAGCACAGUGUUUUAGAAUUUGUGCCUUUAUCAUUAAACAAAGAAGGCAAUCUUUUUAAAAAACACAAUAAGAUUGAUUUUGUUAUUAAUUCUAAUACUUUUCAUGAAGUAUGUAGAAAAAUAAUUGAACUGAUAGUGAAUUCUGGGAUCAAUGAACGUACAUUAUACUAAACGGUCGAUAACUGGUGUGUUGUGACAUGUACACAGUAUUUCAAGUGGAAACAAUUUCUUUUAA